UCUUUUGGUAUGCGUAAAAUCUCUGCUGAGUGGAGUUUCCUUAUAUUUCUUUGGUAUGUCGCAAAUACUGAGCCAUUGCGAACUUUGGGAGAUAGAUUCGAUGUAUCUAUAUCUUCAAUUUUUUGUGUAAUACGUCGUGUUGUGGAAUGGCUAUUGUCAAGACUGGACGAAGAAAUAAAGUGGCCAGAUGGAAAUGACGCCAUCCUUGUAACAUCGCAAAAAUUCGAGACAAAACGAGAUGCAGAUAUGAAGUUCACGAACAUUUACUGUGGAGAGCCGGGUUCGCUGCAUGAUGCCCGUGUUUUAAGAAGGUCAUUACUUUAUGAUACUGCUCAAAAUAACAUGGAAACUAUUUUCCCUAAUAAAACGUGUAUAAUAGGAGAUUCAGCCUACCCAUUGCUACCGUGGCUCGUACCACCAUUCAGAGAUAACGGUCAUUUAACAGCACAACAGUCUGAAUUCAAUUUCUUGCACUCUUCGACACGGAUGGCAGUAGAGAGAGCGUUUGGCUACUUGAAAGGACGUUUCCGUCGUUUAAAAUUUUUAGAAUUACUUGAUAUUCAAUUCAUCCCAAAAUUAAUAACAGCCGUUUGUAUUAUGCAUAACAUUGCUAUAAAAGAAUAUGAUGAGAACGAAUUCUUUGCUGAUGACAUUAAUGACUUUCUUGUAGAUAAUGCCGCGGACGAAAAUUACGAAAUUAAUAAUUUACAUGUUAAUAGAAAUAGGAACGAAAUGAUAGAUCGAAGAAUACAGAUGUUUCGCGAGCUUUUUCCAGAAUAGUUAAAAGUUUUGCGUAUAUUAUAAUUUUUCUGUUUACUUAACUUGAAAUAAGACUAAGAAAAAAUACAAAUUUGUAUACUUUGAUAAA